GGAGAAGCCAAAGGCAACGGCGGCAGAUGUUCAAGACAGCGGAGGACGUGGUUGCCUAUCUCGGAGAGCUUUUGAGGGGGCGGCGCUGUUUUCCUACCUCCCACCCCCCAGCCGUUGGUUGCGGGAGACCGGAGACUAGCCGGCGCCGUUAGAAGAGAGGGGGCUUUGCACAAGCGGUCCCUGUACCAGGGAGCCAUUGCACGCUCGGAUCGCCCUGUAGGUGCAAGGAAGGUGGGCGAGUGGGCGUAGCUGGCAGAUCCAGCUCUUCAUGAUUUAACACUUUUUGACAAGGCACUUAAAGAAGGAAUGGCAGAGAAAGUGAACAAUUUCCCCCCACUUCCUAAAUUUAUCCCGCUGAAGCCGUGCUUCUACCAGAACUUCACUGAUGAAAUCCCAAUUGAUUACCAGACUCUGGUGAGACGGAUCUAUCGCUUGUGGAUGUUUUACUGCAUCACCUUGUGUGUUAACCUCAUUGCUUGUCUGGCUUGGUGGAUCGCUAGUGGAGAGGGUGUCAAUUUUGGCUUGGCAAUUCUUUGGCUCGUCCUCUUCAGCCCCUGUAGUUAUGUGUGUUGGUUCCGGCCAGUCUACAAAGCCUUCCGGUCAGACAGCUCUUUUAAUUUCAUGGCGUUUUUCUUUCUUUUUGGAGGCCAGUUUAUCCUGACAAUCUUCCAGGCAAUUGGUUUCAGUGGGUGGGGAGCAUGUGGCUGGAUUGCUACCAUACGUUUAAUUGGCACGAAUGUUGGAGCUGGUAUAGUCAUGCUCUUCCCAACAGUUAUGUUCACCUUGUGUGCUGUCGGGAUGCUUAUAUGUCUCAUCCGGGUUCACCGGAUCUACCGUGGCGGAGGUGGAAGCUUUCAGAAAGCCCAGAACGAAUGGCAGAGCGGAUCAUGGAAAGAUCCUCCGAGCAGGGAAGCCCAGCACAGCAACUUUUCAGGAAACAGCCUCCCUGAAUAUCCAACAGUUCCCAAUUACGGAAACCCUUGGUCCUGAUCCUGGCCUGCUGUUGGGCUGCUUAAGUAGUUUGGUUUGAGUUGUUGCAAGAAACACAUUGGGUUCCUCAUUUGAAGCUCGCUCUCUCUGUCUCCUUCUUUCCCUCUUUCUCUUUUUCCUUUAGGGGUAGUGCACUUUCUUCCCCUAAUCAUGGUUUUAUUUAUAGUUCUCCUUUUAUGAUGGCAGCAGCUUGUGCCAAGACAUGGCUGUUGCCCAUAAAAUUGGAUUAGUCCUAUUUUUAUUGAUAGGAAUCCCCUUUUUUUUCUCCCACGUAUGUCAUUCUUGCCAAUGGAUGCACAAAGGACUGGUUAAAACUGUCAUUUCUAUUGACUGCCUCAUUCACCACCAGGUUCCCCUGAAGAUUUUGGGAAAGUGGACUUAAACUUUUCUCCGCCCUUUCCCUGUUUUUUUUGAGCUUGCUUGUGUGCUAAUCCUGACUCCCUGUAUCUUUGGGGGUCCUGCAGCUCAAGAGAUCAUUGUGAAAGGAAAUGUGUGAUAGUGCGAACAGCUUGUUCAUGACGACAACUAUUUUUUGAUGUUUGCUGCUGCCAGAGCAGGAGUUUUGUAACUGAAUCCUUCUCCCAGGAAAAUAAUUCCUAGAAACAGAAAGUUAGCAGCAUGAUUUAAUCUUCUCAAUGAACUGCUAGCUUUCCGCAAUGGAGAACUGUAUUAAUUAAGGACGACAAGUCCAAAUAUGGACCCUGCUCUCCUAAAAUAGGAUCCAUUUUCUGGAAGUUUUGACCUAUUAACAGGUCUUCGUUUUGCUUAUUUGUUUUGUUUAGAGUGUGUUGCUUUAGGCUCUCUUCCUCCUACUUUGCUGGCUAUUAACUUGCUUGCUAAAAUAGAAACAUUGAAGGUGACUAUGACCUGGUCUGAGCCUAUCCCUCUUGGGAAAAAUAAAUUUCCCAUAAUUAAACCACAGACCUUUUUUCAUUGCUGGUACUGACAGAUCAAAUUCUGUUCAGAUAUUCCACUUUACCUCAGAGCAGAAUCUGCAAAGUAUCAAGAUCCACAAUCAGGCCGCUUCUACAAGUAUUUUUUUCCUCAGAUUUUUUUUGUGUGUGUGUAUGUGGGGUGUCCAAUAGCUACUGAGCUCAAGGAGCCCUUAGUCUUUCUCAACCUUAGCAACUGUAAGAGGCAUGGACUUCAAUUCCCAGAAUUCCCCAGCCAGCAUGGCUGGCUGGGGAAUUCUAGGAGUUGAAGUCCAUACCUCUUAAAAUUACUGAGGUUGAAAAACAUUGCUUUGGCUGGGCCAGUUUGACAUUUCAGCAGUUCACAUCUCUUCCACAAUUUUCCAAUGAUCUUGGGUCUCCUAUGGCUUUGGGGUGCCCUGUUCAGUCAGUGCUCUUCUUCUCACCUGUGUGAGUCUAAUUCUGGCAUCCUGGGAGGUAAAAUCCUCCCCAGAACUUGAUCCAGUUCUUUGUCUAAGGAUGCUUUUUGGAAGGUACCAGUUAUUGUGCUACCUCGGGCCAGUUUUGUCCAAUCUGAUCCAACACACUGGAGCAGCAGCGCCUUAGUUAUGCUGGUGAAGGAUUUCGUGGCUUACGCUCCCCAUAUAUCUGGAAGCAGCCAGAUGUGUCCAGGCUGCCUCAAAGCAUUCAGACUCCGAAAUCUUGGGCACAGUCUUAAGGAUAGCUGUCUGUUAAGUCAUCUGGACCUUCCCCCAUCAUCCAACGGUUAGUUGCCUUUUCAAACCUUUGUUUUUAUUUCCUUUCCGAGAAGCAGGCUUGUCCUGGUUCUUCCCCCCUUUCUUCUUUACAAAAUACAUUACUUUUUGGGGAAAUGUUGUGGGUUUAUCAAAAAAAAAAUGUGAAAAAGCAGCUCCAGGCAGAAUGGAAAAUAGGGAUAGGACAGAGGCGUGGGUUGUAAUAUGUGCCUUAUCUGAUUUUACCUACUCUGGUCUGAUUCUCUUACCACCCUCCUCCAGAUCCCAGCCUUUUUUGCAUAUUUAGUGACCCUGGAAGGAUUCCCUCUUGGUCCAUUGGAAAACUGCCUGUUUUGUAAAUACAAGGGCCAAGUUCUCCCCCUCGAGGGUAUGUUAACAAGUGAGCCAAAGAAAAUGAAAACUCUUAAUGCUAGAGGCCAAAAACCUCUACUGGCCUUCCUUUGGGAAUAGAUUCAUGAAAAUGAGCCUCUUUCUUUUUCCUCUCUCAUUUUCUCCUUGUGAGAUUUCUUGAUACAUUCCAAACGUGGUUUUUGAAAAAAAACAAAAAAAAACACGGUACCUGCCAUUUUAAAAUGCAUUACAUUUGUUCCAAAGUGCCAGUGAGCUGUCGCUUUAAAAUUGCCUUGCUGACAUCAUGCCGUUGCAUUGCAUGAGCUUUACUUUCUCUGCUUUUGCCUUAAUUGCUUAAAAAAAAAAAUAGAGCCACAGGGGGGUAAAAAUGCUGCCUAGCUAAUAGCUACCCUGCAGGGUCCCUGUUAUAGGCAUGCCCCAUCUCCAUUUCCUCAGAGGAACCUCCUCCAGAUCCCAGCCCUAAGCUAAACAUUUCCUCAGUACCACCAGUUGCGUUUGUUUUUUUACCCUGCACUUUUGGACUUCCCAGUUUGGCUGCUGGGAAGAGAAAUGAGCUGACUGGUUCUUGAAACUCAGGAUAUCCAGGCAGGCAACUCCUGGGUACAAGGCUGCCUUAAAAGCAUCUUGGUGGACUCCCAGAUGGAUGGCCGUUUUCUCAAAAGUGGGGCGAAGUGGGACCAGACUUCUUGCCAAAUUGUGGAGGGGUUCUGUUCCUUCUGCAGGAGUCUCAGUCAGCAAAGACCCCUCAAGUUCUUUAACGCCAGUUAAACAGCAGCAGCAGCAGCAUAUAUUGCUCCUGUUGGACUAUUUCGCAGUAAGGUGGGGAGCGGGCUUGUAAUGUAGGUCUUUCUGGGUACCUAUAGGGAAUUCUAAUACCAGAGAAGAAAAUGCCCUAGAUGAGAUCUUCAAAAUCAAAUUAUCCAAGCAGAAAAUGGUAGCCAAAGGGUCUUGACAAAUAUUUGGGUGAGGGUAUCUCACAAGAUCACCUCAUUUCUCUGCCAUGCUCUGCCCACUCCAGGAACCCUGCCAACCAUGAUCUCCUGCUGCAGUUUCUGUUUUGGCGUUCUUACCUCUCCUCCUCAAAUCACGCUGUCCUUCAGAAUAACGUUUUGAGAACUAAAUCGCUUGCCAAUGUAUCAUGUCUGCCAUUGUCUUAAUAUAAUGUACUUAUAACUCUAAAAAAAUUGUAAAUGUUUACAUUAUUCCCAAGGGAAAUAAUAACAUGGGUUUGGGUCAAGAGAUGGAUGCUGUGGAGAAUUAACUCUACUAUUCUGAUUCUGCAUCAUGUUGUAGAUUGCAUUGUGAUGUGGUGUGGUGUUCAUUCAUUCAGGGUUUUUUUUUUUCCCUUUAAAAAUAAAUGAACCUUGGCUACUGGAAGUAGAAGCUGUGUUUAUGUAAUGUCAGAUGAAAUACUCUGUUCA